UCUUCAGACAAUCUAUUGAAAGCAACAAGACUGGUUUAAGCGAAAACCAAACAUCUGUUGCCAUGGCAACGUACCAAGAGUACAUUCAGCAGAACGAGGAUCGGGAUGGGGUCCGAUUCAGCUGGAACGUCUGGCCGUCCAGUCGCCUGGAAGCCACCCGAAUGGUGGUGCCCCUAGCAGCCAUGUACACACCCCUGAAGGAGCGGCCGGACCUACCCCCGGUCCAGUAUGAGCCCGUGCUGUGCACCAGGUCCACCUGUCGGGCUGUCCUCAAUCCGUUCUGCCAAGUCGACUACAAUGCCAAAUUGUGGACCUGCAAUUUCUGCUUCCAAAGAAAUCAGUUCCCACCUCAGUACAGAGGCAUCUCAGAGCAGCACCAGCCUGCAGAGUUGAUUCCUGCUUUCUCCACCAUCGAGUACACACUCAAUCGUGCCCCCUCCUGCCCUCUGAUCUACCUGCUAGUCCUGGACACCUGCAUGGACGACGAUGACUUGCAGGCCCUCAAGGAAUCCCUGCAGAUGUCGCUGAGUCUGCUGCCUCCCAACGCCCUGAUUGGUCUGAUCACGUUCGGCCGCAUGGUCCAAGUCCACGAGCUGGGCUGCGAGGGUUGCUCGAAGAGCUACGUGUUCCGUGGCACCAAGGACUUGAACGCCAAACAGAUUCAGGAGAUGCUCGGCAUCGGCAGAACAUCAGCCCAGCCACAGAUGAGAGGACAGCAGCAGCAGCAGCAGCAACAGCCAAUGAACAGGUUCCUGCAGCCAGUGCACAAAUGCGACAUGAACCUGACGGACCUGUUGGGGGAGCUACAGCGCGAUCCGUGGCCCGUCGGUGCCGGAAAGCGCCCUCUACGCUCAACCGGGGUGGCACUGUCCAUCGCCACUGGCCUGCUAGAGUGUUCUUUCCCUAAUACUGGGGCCCGCAUCAUGCUGUUCAUCGGUGGGCCUGGAACCCAGGGCCCUGGCAUGGUGGUAGGCGAUGAACUCAAGACUCCCAUCAGAUCGCAUCAUGACAUCGAAAAGGACAACGCCAAGUACAUGAGAAAGGCCAUGAAGCAUUAUGAGGGACUGGCCACCAGAGCUAGCAACAACGGCCACACUAUAGACAUCUACUCCUGUGCGUUGGAUCAGACCGGACUGCAUGAGAUGAAGACAUGCUGUAACUUCACAGGCGGUCACAUGGUGAUGGCAGACUCCUUCAACACCUCCCUCUUCAAGCAGACUUUCCAACGAGUCUUUGCCCGUGAUCAGAAGGAAGAAUUCCAGAUGGCUUUUGGUGCUGUCUUGGAAGUCAAGACCUCGCGUGAGCUGAAGGUGUCUGGCGCCAUAGGCCCGUGCAUCUCAACGAAUGUGAAGGGGCCGUGUGUCUCAGACACAGAGAUUGGUAUGGGGGGAACCACACAGUGGCGAUACUGCGGUCUGACACCGCAAACAACGGUGGCGCUGUUCUUUGAAGUUGUCAACCAGCACAAUGCACCUAUCCCCCAGGGUGGCAGGGGCAGUAUCCAGUUUGUCACCCAGUACCAGCACUCCAGUGGCCAGCGCCGAGUCCGUGUCACCACACUGGCAAGAAACUGGGCCGAUGCAGCUGUCAACAUCCAGCACAUAGCAGCCGGUUUUGACCAGGAAGCCGCUGCCGUACUGAUGGCCCGCAUCGCCGUCUACCGGGCCGAGAAUGAGGAAGGGCCUGAUGUACUGCGCUGGCUGGACCGCAUGCUGAUCAGGCUCUGCCAGAAGUUUGGCGAGUAUCACAAGGACGAUCCCAACUCCUUCCGGUUUGCUGAGAACUUCACCAUGUACCCGCAGUUCAUGUUCCACCUGCGCCGCUCCCAGUUCCUGCAAGUCUUCAACAACAGUCCUGACGAGACAUCCUACUACCGACUGAUGCUGAUGAGAGAAGACUUGACUCAGAGCUUGAUCAUGGUGCAGCCAGUGCUCUUCUCUUACUCCUUUGAGAAGACUGAGCCUGUUCUCCUGGAUACCAGCAGCAUCCUGCCGGACCGCAUCCUUCUCAUGGACACCUUCUUCCAGAUCGUCAUUUUCCACGGAGAGACCAUUGCCACCUGGAAGAAGGAAGGAUACCAGGACCACCCAGAGCAUGACAUGUUCAGGCAGUUCCUGAAGGCACCGAGAGACGACUCGCAGGAGAUUCUACAGAAGCGCUUCCCCAUGCCGCGCUACAUUGACUGCGAUCAGAACAGCAGUCAGGCCCGUUUCCUGUUGUGCCGAGUCAACCCCUCACAGACGCACAACAACAUGUAUGCUUGGGGACAGGAGGGCGGGGCACCAGUCUUGACAGACGAUGUAAGCUUGCAGGUCUUCAUGGAUCACUUGAAGAAGCUUGCCGUCUCCAGCUCCUCUUAAUGUCAGUGAUGGCUCCUCUUGUGAUAGAUGACUCCUCUUAAUGACAGGGAUGACUCGUUUUAAUGAUAGGAAUGGCUUUUCUUAAAAUUAGGGAUGGCUCUUCUUACAGACAGGAUUGGCUCUCAGUAAUAGGGAUGGCUCCUCUUAAAAUAUAAUGACUCCUCUUAAUGACAGUGAUGGCUCGUUCAGUGAUUGGGAUGCCUUUCUUAGUGAUUAAGGAUGGCUCCUAGUUGAAUCUGGUAUGAGCUUGACUCUGCUCUGCUGGUAUUUUACACAAAAGCGUGCCACUGUCUUUAUGGUCCCGUUAGAAAAUCUCCUUCAAUUUACCCUUAAACAUAUGCAUGUACAUGUAUGGGAACUCCAAAACAAAGUGUCAUACCUGUAGGCUAAUCCAAGCACAUGCUACCGUUGCACCUGUGAGACACCACAGCUUUGGCAGUACAGUGGAAUGUCGCUAUACCGAACACUGCCGAUCAUUCGGCUGUACCGAUCAUCGUCUUUGGCUCCUGAUUUUUGUGUACAAAACGUACCAAACAUCGUUGUUAAAAAAUGUCAACAACAAA